ACGUGACUUUAAACGCGGAAGUUGUUGAUGUUGCUAAAGCCAUUAUUUUCUACAGGCAAUUGGAGCAGUUUACCCUGAAAUAUGUAUCUGUUUUAGUUUAAUGCUGCUUAACGCCCCUAAAUUCUACCAAACGGGAUAUCUACGAGUGACGACAAAGCAGAAACGCCAAAGAAUCCGACAUACCCACCAUAAUGUUGUCUGAAGGAGGCUCUUUCAUUAAGGGUAUGGUGCUAGGAGGUGUUUUCUGCAUUGUACUGUCAGUUCUCGCCAAUUUCUCUACUGAGACAAAACCAGAUGAACAGCACCACCAUCAUCAUCAUCAUGUUAAGGCUGCGAGCAAAGAUGAGCUGAAACGUCUGAGUGAUGAUCAACUUAAAGAGUUGAGUAAUCAAGUUCGUGUCUAUUGUGUCAUCAUGGUACAACCAAAAAUCCUAGUUUACUGGGCCACUGCCAUGGACACCUGGAGCAAACACUGUGACAAGUCUGUGUUUUACACCUCGGAAUCGUCUAAAGCCCUUGAAGCUGUAGAUCUGAAUGAAAAGGAUGAUUGGGCAAGGUUGCGUAAGGCUCUAAGACAUGCUUAUGAAAAUGCCGGUGACCUGCAGUGGUUUUUUAUUGCACAACCAACAACAUUUGCCAUUAUUGAGAACCUCAAGUAUCUGGUACUCAUAAAGGAUCCAAAAGAACCAUUCUAUCUUGGCCAUGCCAUGAAGUCAGGGGAGUUGGAGUAUGUCUCCUAUGACAGUGGGAUUGUUUUAAGUUAUGAAGCCUUGAAAAGACUGGUGGACGUAUUUGGGGAUGAGGACAAAUGUCCUGAGAGAGGCCGUGCACUGUGGAAGCUGAGCGAGGACAAGCAGUUGGCCGUGUGCCUUAAAUACAAGGGUGUGUUUGCGGAAAAUGGAGAAGAUGUGCAUGGCAAGGGCCUUUUCAACAGCAAGAGUGUUGACAGCCUAAUAUCAAACAGCAUGAAAGAAAAUCCCUCAGAUGUUGUAGAGGGUUGCUGUUCUGAUAUGGCCAUUACAUUUGGUGGGAUGUCUCCUACGCAAAUGCAGGUUAUGAUGUUUGGAGUAUACAGAUUGCGUCCCUAUGGACAUGAUUUUCAUGACUUGUUGGAAUUUCAGCCUCCAGAAGGUUCUGACAAUGACUAAUAACAGGGAUAUUUUGCUUCUGUGACUGCAAAUAAUUAUAUUUUUCUAUUGUGUUUGUGAAACUGGAUCCAAGUGUGAAGGGAACAGUACUUUUGUAUAUCUUGUACUAUUUGCACAAUUCUGACACCAUGCUUUUUCUUGGUGACUGGCACAAUUAAAUAUGGAUGGGAAUGUUGUUAUGUUGUUUGAUCUCACUUAUUUGUAUUCUUGAUAAUUACAAAACGAAAAUAAUUUUAUUUUAUUUUUAUUUUUUUCUGAUGCAUCACUGGUGAACGUCAUUUUGCAUUGGUGGCAGGCCAAGACGAGGCUUUGUGCUUUUAUCUUAUCUCCUUUCCAGUCAGUUGAAAAUGUUGAGAUGUGUGAUCUUUUUAUGUUUGUGACCUGUGAUUAUUAUUAUAUCUUUAUUGUUUUAAUGUGUCGAAAAACUACUUUGAAUUUCACUGUAUUUAUUUAGACACUAUACAGAUUUUUUUUUUUUGCUUAAGUGUAAGCUUAAGUGCUUAAUUGAUUGGGCAUUUGGUCACUAUCUCAUUGUGUCCUCUUUGUACAAAGUCAAAGGUAAGGUGCUAGUUAUAGCUUGAUUGCUACUUCGAUGAAGGAAUAAAUAAAACUGAACCAACUUAAA